AACCUGUCAAACUGAACUAUCUCAGCCGGGUGCGGAGGAAACCGCUGUCUUCUCUCAAAGUGUGGCUCCAAAGAAAGUUUCUGCUUCUUCACUGAAAUCGAGGACUUCAAGGAAGCGGUUUAAUCCAGUUGGGAGAUGUUUGCCAUAGCUACCAGAAACUUUGUGGAGGAGGUGGACAACGGAGGUCUGCUGAUCCCGGUGUCCAGCGUGAACGACUCUGACUCUAUUGCUCCUCUGCGGGUGGUGGUGAAGCGAAAGCGAUACUGGUUCUGGCAGAAGCACAAGUAUCUUCCCACUGAUUUUGUCCUCAGUGAUCUACUAACAGGAGACACACCUAUAAAGCCAGUUGUGGUCGAGACAGACUUCAUCAAAUUCACUGGGACAUUCGGUGACAACAUUCAAGGAGGCGUGAAUGCAAGCUUUGUCCGCACCAGUGCCAACGUGGGCGGCAAACGCUCCGCCAAACUCCAGUCGCUAUUUGGAAGUUUGAAGAAAGAGGAGGUGGAUGUGCAGAAGCUGCUGCGAGACUCCAAAGACAGGGUCCUGGACAUGUCUCAUGAUCUGAUCCAGCAAACCAAGGAGAAGCCCAGACAGCUUCUGGGGAUUGUGAAGGAGUGUAUUGUGACCACUCAGCCCUGUUCAGUGAUAGAGGAGGUGCAGCAGGGCGGCCAGUGUGGAGCAAGUCUGACUAUCUGCGGCCCCAACAGCACUAAGCUGUGUUUAAUGUCAAACACCGAUGGAGGUUUUGAAGUAGACGGGCCUGUUAAGAAAGGAGUCGUGAGUGUCUGCAGAGCUGCUGCAGAUUCUUCUGCAAAUAGCCACCUUCACCAAGAAUUGGAGAAACUCAGUGAUAACUUCCAGCUGCUCUCGGCUCUCCCUGAGUCCACCAGGUCCUCUCUGCUCCAGCAAAUCACCAAACUCAUGCAGGACCGAGCAGCCAUCAGUGCACUUCAGAGUGUGCUGGACCACAUGUGCCUGAAUAAGAAACCUAACCUGAGCGAUGUCGCAACAACAGAGUCUCAACGACAGAACAUCCAAGUAAUCCUGGAUCUUUUGGAGCAGUGUGGUCAGGAGGGGUCAGCUCAGUCCACAUCCGUCCUCACAGCCCUCCACCUCAUCACCAGCGCCUUGGAUGAGAUGACAAAUGACUGCCUGGCUACAUUGGGAAUGUGCUGCAGCCCUGCAGAGUUACAGACCCUGGAGAGACUGGUGCAGUGCGUAUGUGGAAACGGAGAGCUGCCUCUGAGCAGCGCCGGUCUGACAGAGAACAUCUAUGAAAAGGCUGAGCAUCUGUUUGCCUCCUCUAACGUGUCCCUGAAGAAAGACGGGGACGUGGUGAAGACCGAAAUAAACCCAGAGCCGGGACAUCUUCCUCUGGUCCUGUGCAUCGCUGUCAGGGGUCUCGCCUCAUUGGCCCACAGUGUUUGAACAGGAGACAACUUUACAUCCAGCAGAAACUUGAAAUGCCCACACAGGUAUGAGGUUAAACGGGACCACACGGAUAAAAUGCAAUCUGUGUUUUUACUCCCUCUUGUUUUUUUUUUUUAUAGCUGCAGGAUGUCUUUUUAACAGUGUGUUCUUUAGCACAUGCAUUUUCUGCACAACCACUGGUGCUGCAACAACAACAACAACAGGGCUUUGUUAACGAACUGGUCUAUUUCUUGUUGAGAUGAUUUGGUCUGGAGUCAAAUAUAGCACAUGACAAUCAACAUCCCUACUCUAUUUAUUAUUGGAUAAUUGUAUAAAUAGAUAUAUAGAACUUGAAUAACUAAAUUUUGUAUGAAUUUUGACAAUCAGUUUAGGUAUUGAUUUUGGACUCUUGGCUAAAUAAAGUAAGCAUACAAAAAAAAAACUGGAUUAUAUGAGCAACAUAAACAUACAGAUGAAUCCGAAUAUACUUUGUAAUAUUUAGAUUUUUAGUCUAAUAUUGCCCUUGAUGGUAACAUGUGUGCGUAAUCCUCAAGCAGAGCUGCAACAAUUAAAAUAAUCACCAACUUUUUGAUGAUUCAUUAAUUGGUUGAGCAAUUUUUCUAGAAAAAAAAAAAAGUCUAAUUUCUCUGAUUCCAGCUUCUUAAACUU